ACAGCAUUCUGCUUGGUCAAGGUCAUGAUGGUAUUGUGUACAGCACCGAUGAUUACUUUAGUCAGCAGGAUGGAUGUUGGUCCUAUAACAUUGCUCAGCUUGGUGCUGCUCAUGACUGGAACCAGAACAGAGCAAAACAAGCAAUGGAUCAAGGAAGAUCUCCAAUUAUAAUAGACAACACUAAUACGCAAGCAUGGGAAAUGAAGCCUUAUGUGGAAGCGGCUCUAGAAAAAGGCUAUAGAGUGGAAUUUCAUGAACCAGACACAUGGUGGAAGUUUGAUCCUGAAGAAUUAGAAAAGAGGAACAAGCAUGGGGUCAGUCGUGAGAAGAUUAUUCAAAUGCUGGAAAGAUACGAAUAUCGAGUAUCUAUACCUAUUGUCAUAAAUUCGGUGCUGCCUUUCCAUAAAACUUCACAAAGGCCACCUCCACAAAGAAGAGAGAGGGAAACAGUGGUAAAGAAGAAGCACCAACUGCACAAGAUGAAACAGAAAAGGAAACAGAAGAGGAACAGAAAAACGAAGGGUGCUGCUGUUAAAGAAGUAAAGAAGACUGACCAUCAAACCCAUAGUGAUAAGGACUGGUCACAGAGCCCAGAUGAAGAUUCAGAAGACAAUGGGAAAUUCAAGUUGGUUUUGGAUGAGUUUCUAGAGGAGGUUAUAGCAGAUGGUGAAGUUGAUUCUGCCAACGAAAGCAGUCUGAAAUAUUCCGACUUGCAGAAAGGAAGCUUCUGUGUUUCAGGUUUGGUGGAUCCAGUCGCUUCAGACAAGCCACUACCAAUUGAUAUUCUUUCAGGAAAUGAUCCAUCAUCCACAAAUUUGCCAUUUGUUGCAAACAAAAAUGUGACUGAACUAUUGUCCAGUGAUUAUUUGCCAGAUGAAAUCCAGAAUGAAAGAUUGGUGGACACCAAGAACAGUAUUUUGGAGCCUAAAAACCAAUGUUCUCCCCCCAGAUCAGGCUACGCCGAUGCAGAAAAUAGUCCUGUUUUAUCCGCUAUAGAAGACAAAGCUGUCCCUACCAAAGCUAUUUCAAAAUUGGGCCCAGGGCGGAAGAUGUUAGGCAACAAGAAGGAACUAUCCGUUUUUCUUCAGCAGGAGACAUCCAAAAAGAUGGAGAGAAACACCUGGGCUUUCUUCUGUUGUGACUUGGUUGAUGAAGACCCCCAUGCUGUGUCUGGCAAGAAUGAAUUGUGUCCAACUUGGCCUGAGUGUUUGUCUAAUGUCAUAUAUGAGCAAAGGCCAAGGAAAACAAAGAAGCUCAAGCAAGUCUUUUCAGAGAGGACAACAGAAUUAAGUGAUAAUAAAUCUAAUAAAUCUAACAAAGACCUGGAGAAAGGAGGUGAUGGGGCAGUGUUAAAUGAAAGAGAUGAUAGGAUAGAUUGUUGUCUGCCGUCACCGCUGUCUGAGAUGCCAGGCACUGAAACUAGUAAUUUCCACACAAAGUUUGUAAAUAACGCCAGUGAUGUGGCUUUGUUAGCGUCACCCACAGGAAAAGGAAGAUGCAGAAGGAUCUUCAACUUGGCCCCAAACUUUGAUUUACCCAGGCAGAUUCCUGCUAGAAAGUAUGGGAAAGUGUUAAGGAAUGGAGAUGUAUUGAUAGAACCAGAGAACGUUUCAGAUGACAGUAUUAGAGGAGAGGACAAGCAAAGUCUUCGGUGCCAUGAAUCUCCAGCACCUCAUGGUUUUGCUGUAAUAGUUGAUUCUCUUCGUCUUGAUGUAGAAUCUCUGUCAGUUCCAGCCAACUUGACAGAACCUGUGGACUCUUCAAAGAAAGGAGUUGCUUCUCAAAUUCAGAUAUGUACCUCUUCCUUAAUCAGAGAUGGGCAAGUUGUUACUCCUAAUAAAACUCUGCAAACGAAUACAAGUAGAAGGAAUAUGCCACCAAACAUUUCAACUACUCAACCAGAUAUUUUAUAUUCAGUUAAAGCAACUACUGAGUAUCUUGUGAAUCCUGUCCCUGAACAGUGUAAAAAUAUGCACCAAAUCAACAAACUUGGAGCAACGAAACAUUCCCGAAUUGAAGAUGAUCAGAGUCUUUUAAGUAUUAAAUCCAAUUCUCUGAGGCUUCCUUUAUCACUAGGGUUUGCACUUCAACUAGUAGAGUUGUUUGGUUCUCCACUGGUUCCAUUAGACACUUUGCUACCAGAUGAUUAUGUUGUUCCCCUUGACUGCACAAUAUCAAAGGAGAUCUAUUUACAGUGGAAGGCUUCUGUGGAGAAAAAACAGCAAAAGGAUAGAUCAAAAGGAUACACCGCCUUGCCUGCUGGUGCAGCUGCCCUGGAAGCUUCGAGGGAAGUUGAUGAUCAAGAGAAACCAGAAUCUUCGGAUGCAAACCCACAAAUAUACUUGUUCCAAUAGACUUGGGAAAACAUCAUCACUUUGAUAAUAAAAGUUUACAAGAUACAAUCUUUGAGCAACAAAAGUGGUUCAUCUGAACUUUUGUCUGAAAACAAAUAACAGAGUUUUGUGCAAAAGAACUUCCUAAUUUAGGCUUAACCAUGGAUGGACCACCAGAUAACAGCCAGCUGUGUUACAGUGUUGGUGAAAAGUUCAUAAUACACAGUUUGUUGAAAGAUCAACAAUCAUAAUUUUUGUCUUGCAUUCAUGUAAGCCCAUUAAGUUUUUGUUUGAAAUAAAAUCAAAUUCCAAGGAA